AUGAAGUAUGGGAUCAACGGUGAUAGAUUUUCCGUUAACGACUUCAACGGUGAAGGAUUUCAGAAGUUUAGAUCAUACGAUUUUGGGAAGAUUAUGGACUAUUUCUAUGACUCUGGGACUCUUAAUCGCGGGUGUGGUUCCGCUUUUAUUGCUCUUAUUCCCAAGGUCAAAGAUCCGGCAAAUCUCGGCGAUUACCGACCUAUUAGUCUCAUUGGCAUGGUUAACAAAGUUAUUUCGAAGGUGCUUGCUUUGCGGCUUAAAAAGGUUACUGGAUCGGUCGUUUCGUUCUCCCAGUCAGCUUUCUUGAGCGGUAGCUUCAUUCUCGAUGGCCCUCUCAUGAUCAACGAGUCUAGAUACCAAAUACAUUACCCAUUAGAUUUAGAAAUGUUGGAAGACUUCUAUAUAAACCAUGAGUCCAUCACUUCUUCAUCCACACUUCAACAACACACCACAAAAACUCCCUUCUUCCCCCUUGUUCGGCCGCCCCUAGUAGCACCACCACCACCACCACUUGAUCACUUCCAAGCAUUCUACAAGCAUACAAAGGUGUUAGAAGGUGCACAACGAAGCUUAGUGUUCUCGGAAAUUGAAGGACCUCUUGCAAGCGCUAUUAACCGCCACAUUUCUUCAUUCGAACUUCCCUAG